UCAUCUAGAGGUUGAAGAGUUCUUGUCAUACUAUGAGUCUUUCUCUGGAUUAAGUCAAAAUCCUAUUCAUGACUCGAGCACGAUGCCACCUAUAGGCCCUGGUCCCCUCAACAGAACGUCCAGCUACCUAGGUGCCAAGGUGUCCUGCCUGGCCUACGUCGAGCUAGCCUCCGCCUACCACCCACGUAUUCCCAAGGUACCAUGGGCUACGCCUACCACAGCCUCUACCUACCACCCAUGUACCCUAAAGGUACCAUGGACCGCGCCUACCAGAUUGAGCCACCAGCUCAUCGCUCAGUUUCGCGACUACCACCCAGAGAUGUUUUCCGGUCAGGGAGAUCCCCGACUUGUUGAUGAGUGGAUCCAGGGCCUCGAGAUUAUCUUUGAGGUCAUGGACUGUCCUGAUCGUUACCGCGUAAUUUGUGCCCAAAUCCAGAUGACUGGUGAUGCACGCCUUUGGUGGAAUGCCUACUGGGAAAUGCAUCCCGGUGAGAAGGAGAAUUGUACGUGGGAUCGAUUCAAGGAGAUAUUGCGCGAAAAGUUUUAUCCAGCCUAUUAUCGCGCAGAUCUUGAGCAUCAGUUUUUGGCACUUAGACAGGGUACUCGUUCGGUGGACGAGUACGAAUGUGAGUUUACUCAACUCGGAUUCUUUGUUCUCGAGUUACUGGGUUUGGAGGAGAAGAGAUCGAGGCGUUUCAUUGACGGACUUUUGCCAGUA